GCCGGGCGCGGAGCGGCAGGGCGCCGCAGUGCGGGCCGGAGGUGCUGGCGGUUGGCGCGCUGAGGUUGGGCCUGCGCGCACCUGCGUGGCCGCGCCAUGGUUCGCUUCGGUUUGACCGUCGUCCGGCAUGGGGAAACAAGAUACAACAAAGACAAGAUACUGCAAGGUCAAGGAGUGGAUGAGCCACUCUCUGCAACUGGUUUCAGACAGGCAGAUGCUGCUGGUCUCUUUCUCAGUAAUGUGAAGUUUACUCAUGUCUUCUCAAGUGACCUCCUUCGAGCCAAGCAGACUGCUGCCACAAUUCUAGGGAAGAAUAAGUUUUGCAAAGAUUUGGAAAUCAAGUAUGAUGCAAGACUUCGAGAGAGAAAAUAUGGUGUUGCAGAGGGAAGGCCUUUGACUGAUCUCAAGGCUAUGGCAAAGGCUGCUGGAGAGCAGUGUCCUUCAUUCACACCUUCUGGAGGAGAAACACUGGAUGAAGUAAGGGAACGUGCAAGGGAGUUUUUUGACUCUCUGUGUCGCCUGGUGGUUGAGUGGGAGCAGCCCGAGCAAGACAUGCCUGCUGCAGCAAGCAGAAGCUCAGGAGCACCUGAAGGACAGUCAGUUUUCCCUUGGACAAACCACUGCAGUGAAACAGAACUUAGCUCUGGUGGAGCUUCUCAAAGAUUAGAUGCCAAUAUCUUAGUGGUGAGUCACGGAGCCUACAUGAGGAGCUGGAUUGGUUAUUUCGUUUCGGAUCUCAACUGUGCUUUACCAACUGAUGUAGCAAAGUCUCAGUUGGCUUCUGUCAGUCCCAAUACAGGAGUUAGUCACUUCCUUGUAAAGCUUGAAAGUGGAAGCUUGUUAAAACCUGAAAUCACAUGUGUUUGUCUUAAUCAAGACUCUCACUUGGUGAAUGUGUAGCUCCAAGAGUGUUUUAAGAGUCCUUGUUGGAGCAAGUUGGUUUAGAUCGCCGUUACACUGAGCUAGGGCAAGGUAUCUGUAGUAGUUACUUGAGAUGGGCUGGAGUUACUUGACACUAAACUGCAAAACUGAAGGCAUACAGCUGCUUACCAUCCUUAACCCAAUUUGCAUGGUCCUUGUGCCCUGUAUCAGCUGGCACUAGUGAAACCACACUCAUGUUUUCUGAAGGGAAGCAUCCUUCCAGCCACUUGCAUAGCUACUCCUGCAGUGUAUGUUUCUAAAAACUCCUUUUCACUAGCCCAGAGUUAGUUUGGUUAUCUCCAGAUGAGAGUUGGGGAGGAGAGAGGAAUGGUACCUCUGAGGUGAGGUAGACUGUAUUCUUGUUUUAUUACAAAAUGCUAUAUUGUAAUAGUAAAUAUUCAGUGUCUUAAAAGAAGCCUUGAAUGCAAUAGGAGCAUUGCCUAGCAGGACAGGUUUGGUGCAGAGUCAGGAGACACCUUCCUGACUCUGCUGCUGAAACAGCUGUGAGACUCUGGGCAAAUCUCUUCCCAUUUCUAAAAUGGGGCUGAUGCUAUACCUACCUCACAGGAGUGUUUUGGGAGAAGUUGUUAGUGUUGUUGAGCCCUCUCUGUUGAAGACAAAACCCAAAGUAUUUAUUUUGAACUGUAAGCAGGAUGAGGAAUCAGAUGCACAGAGCUGAAAUCAGUCUCACUUCUGGAAAGGAGCCUUACCCAAGAGGGUUAGUUGUACCUGACCAGAAGCCUUCUGUCAGCUGCAGUCAUACACUUGAUGAAUGUUUGCCUAGCAUUAGGCAAGUUUGAUUGUUUUGUUUGAUGGCUGAGUUAGAGCUGCUGGUAGUGCUGAGUUCUUUCCCCACUGGGGUGUUUGUGCUGUUACUCUGUAAGUUUAUCUGUGUUAUUUAUAACACCCACAUACUUUGACUUCAUUUGCAUAUUUUAAGCCUGUUUUAAUAAAGCCUC